AGAAUGUUUGCCUUAACUACUUCCUGCCAGGGUUUCCAGAGGCUUUCCAGAUUAAAAUGAUUGACAGAUACCAAACCAAUGAGAUUUAAGAGAUCGAUCUGCCCUCUGGACUUCUGCAAAUCUCUGGACUACAAACAGCUGAACGGCUCUUUUCGAGAAAACUACAAUUCCCAGCAGCAUGCGCGAGUGCGUGACGUUGGCUCGGCCGGGAGCGCGCACCGCGGAGCGGCUGGUGCUGAUGCUCAGAGGACACGGAGUGAUCCGAGCAUCACCGGGAACCGACUGAAUUAUUGUGCCAAAUAUCUUUGGGCUUCGGUAGUAUGCGUCAGGACGGAUCCAUGCAGAUGGCUGCGACACAGAAAGAAGGAUCUGACCAGAACUUCGAUUACAUGUUCAAACUGCUGAUCAUCGGCAACAGCAGUGUAGGAAAGACGUCGUUUCUCUUCCGGUACGCUGACGACUCCUUCACGUCAGCGUUUGUGAGCACGGUGGGCAUCGAUUUCAAAGUCAAAACCGUCUACAAGAACGACAAGAGAAUCAAACUGCAGAUAUGGGAUACUGCCGGGCAAGAGAGAUACCGCACCAUCACCACGGCGUACUAUCGUGGAGCCAUGGGCUUCAUCCUCAUGUACGACAUCACUAACGAGGAGUCGUUCGGAGCGGUGCAGGACUGGUCAACCCAGAUAAAGACAUACUCCUGGGACAAUGCGCAGGUCGUCCUGGCAGGAAAUAAGUGUGACAUGGAAGAGGAGAGAGUUGUGUCUUCAGAUAGUGGCAGACUGCUGGCAGAGCAGCUGGGUUUUGAAUUUUUUGAAACGAGCGCCAAGGACAACAUCAACGUGAAGCAGACCUUUGAGCGUCUGGUGGACAUAAUCUGUGACAAGAUGUCAGAGAGUUUAGAGACUGACCCCGCCGUGACCACAGGAACCCAGGGAACGGCCCGGUUAACAGAUAACCCUCCUCCACUACAGCAGCCCAACUGUGCCUGUUAGUGCUCAGUUUACAUAGUAGCAUAACUGUGUGUGUGUAACACCUUUAGAUAGAUGCAUAUAUCCUUUAAUGUCAUAGAAUACAGGUGCUGGAACAACUUGAAUCUGAUCAGUGCAUGUCAGGAGUCAUGUGACCCUUUAAUGGAAACAAAGCUGUCAUAUGGAUGCAGUCUUGAUCAACGGUGAGCAGUUUUUCAGUGUUUUAAAAAGCAGUAUGGAUAAAAAUAGCUUGAAAAAUAUUCAUGUGUUGCAUUUCUUUGGUUUUUGGUAUGUUUGGCCUGUGAGUCUGUUGCACCACUAGGAGGUGUUCAAACAACACACAUUCUCGUAUUCAAAAACAAAGCCACAAUGGGGUCUUGAGGCGCUUUUUAAAAUAAGAUGCAGCGGCCAAAGACAUCUGUCUGAUGCAUGUGAAAACAGACCAAACAAACCCAGAACACAAGAAUGCGUUGUGUACGAAUGCUACUUUUGCCUGUUUUGUUCCAGCACCUUUGGACUAGAGUCACAUCUGUCUAUACGGUGCCUAGCUCAUUCUGACACAUUGUUUUCUUUAGUGUCAAUCAAAGUCCUAAUGGCCUUUACGGCACUGUUAUUUUAGUUAGUCAAGACUUCGUCCACAUGCAUGCAGCGGCUGUUUAUGAACUGAUGACUUUGAGCACCAUCGAACUGACCUUUCGCUAAGCCCAACCCCCUUAGUUACUAGUAAAUGUAGUUAAGAAAAAAAAAAGUAGUUUAGUUUAGAAUGAACUGGAGAUUUUUGUGAACUCUUUAUGACUUUGAGUACGAUUGAACUGACCUUUCACUAAGCUCCACUCUCUUAGUUACUCAAAUGUAAUUUUGUAAUUAUGAAUAAACGUAAUUACAUGGAUAAAUAUAGUUACUAAUUAGUUUAGAAUUAAAAAUGGAGAUUUUUGUGAACCUUUUAUGACGGAGUAGGAUCAAACUGACCUUUCUGUAAGCUCCGCCCUUUUCAUUACUUAUAAACCUCAUUUAACGUUACGAAUAAAAACUUAAGUUUCGAGUUUAUUUAAAAUAAACUGGAGAUUUUUGUGAACUCUUUGUGAUAUAGAGCACGAUCUAAUUAACCUUAAGUUAAUUCUCCACCAAAGUUGGAGCUUAACAAAUGUCGUUACGACUAAAAACGUAGUUAAGAAUUAAUUUAGAAUAAAGUAGAGAUUUUUGUGAAAGCUUUGACUUUGAGCACGAUCAAACUGAGCUUUCACUAAGCUCCACCCCUUAUUUAUGAAUAAACGUAAUUACAAAGUUACAAAUAAAAACUUAGUUGCAAAUUAGUUUGAGCCCGAUCAAACUGACCUUUUUUUAAACUCCACUUCCUUAUUUGCGAAUAAAUAAAAAAUCAAAUUGAAACUAUUUUGUCAAAUAGUUACGAAUUAGUGUAAACUGGAGAUUUUUGCGAACUGUGAUUUUAAUUUUAAUUUUUUCUUCUCUCUGUCAAACGGUUUUGGAUGAUUCUAAAUUGACACGUUACAUCAUUACACAGGACGUCCUGUUUGGCAACAGUUGCUAAUGUAGGAUUGGUCUGAUUUGUUUUUAGGGUGGAGCUUCGUGAAAGAUCAGGUGCUCAAGGGAAAGGAUCUUAAUGGCAAUUCUACAAAAUUGCAUUAAUACACACAAACACACUCUAGUUUUGUAGAUCAGGAAUUCAUGCCAUAUUAAUCGAAAUGAAAUGUCCCAUCAGUGAUAUCAGCUGCAUAACUAGUGUGUAUAUGUGUACUGUAGAUUAUUAAAGAUUACUUCAUCAUCUAUAUGAAUACAUGAUCUAUCUAUGUAUAUAGGUUUGUAUAUACCUCAGUCAGAUGAAUAUAAUAUUGUGGAUUUAAGUAGCUGUUCAAUACAGGGAGGAAAAUGUGCAUUUAAUGUUUCUACAUAUUUAGUUUGAGCAUUGUAAAUGAAUUCACGCUGAUAAAGUGAAAUAUUUAUCUAUUUAUUCAAAGCAAACAGACUUUAAAGUGAGAAAAAGAAAAGUAAAUGUGCUUUAUGAGCUGCGUGUGUCUGAUAACGAAACGUUCUUCUAGGUGAAGUGGAUUUUGUAUUUUUCCCCAAGCCCUUUUUUCUCCAUUUCUCUUUUCUGUUUAUCGCUGUCGUCUGUUAUUUUUCUCUGCUGGCUAAAAAGCUACUUUGUGGAGGAUGUGAUUUGCUGUCCCUGCUCUUAUCUUGUUUUAUGCUCAUGGCCGGAGAGGAUUCAGUGAUUUUAGAUGUUAUAAGGAAACCGCUUCACUGUCGCCCGAGUCGGGUCGAAGCUCGCUGGAGCUUGUCUUGUAAAAUGAUGCAGUAAUAGCCAAGGAAAUGUGUCGGGCAGCUAUUUUCAGGAGAAGUGAGUCACUCAUCAAUAUUUCAUCCGACAAACCUUAAAUGACUUUGGCUGUGGAUGGAAGUUUUUUUCAUUUUUGAGUCAGAAAUAUAACAUUUCUAAGGAAGAGCAGUUCUAGGGCAAACGUCUUGACACAUGAUAAUAUUCAGAUAUUUCACCUCAAAAUGAAAUGUAGAAAGAAAAAGUAUAUAUAUGGCAUGAAAUAUAACCUGGAUUUCAUGAGAUUCAUCUUCUAGUUCAAGAUGGUUUUAUUUGCUUCUUGUCCCUAGAGAAUGUCCAACUUUCAAUGUGAUGUAUAAUAAUCUAGGUAGAAUUAAGUUAAAAAAUGAAAACAGCCCUUAAACUACAUGGUGUGGUCUGUAGAUAUGUGUGGUUUUGUGAGCGUAGUACCAAAAAAAAAGUUUAUAUAACAUUAGGCCGACAAUAUCUGGCAUUAUUAAAAACAUAUUGCGGUCACAGACUGAAUACGCCGGUACGUAUAUAGCUAAUAGUUCAUUGAUGUGUCCUCAGAAUAAAGAAAAUCAGUAAGAAACCCACCUCGUUUCCCCACCACAAGCCAUGUUUAACAUUAUCCCUGCAUGAAAUUGUAUGGCAUCUCUAUUUAGAUACCUGUAUCUGUAUAAUCUUAUUUAUUUGUUCAUUUAUGCGUCCCUCGGUAUGUGGGGUGCAAUGGGCCAGCAAGUGCAAUAUUUCGAAACCCUAUCUCUUGUAUAUAGUUGAAUGACUGUGUGUGUGUGUGUGUGUGUGUGUGUGUGUGUGCGUGUGCGUGUGCGUGUGUGCAUGUAGAGAGCGUCUUGAUGUGCCAUGCUGAUUUUGCACACUAUCUUAACCCAUGUAUGGAUAAUCGCUCUGCCUCACCUUCUGUGUUCAACUAUCUUUGUGCUGACAUUAAGACAAAAUACUGUGGAGUUACAUCAGUGUGUGAGUGUGAGUGUGUGUUGGUGUAUAUACUAGUAUGGAGAAAAGUAAAUGUGUAUCUUGUUGCAAGUCAUCUCUGUGGUUUUUCUUUGUGUGUUUGUGUGUAAAUCUCAUUCAUUUAGCGCAUGCAUAGGGCUAUAUAUCUGCAAUCACUCUACUGCAAUUCAGUAGUUUUACAAUAGCUCUCAUUUCAGGUGUACAGCAUGCAUAAAAUAGCUUUUUAAAUACAAGCUCAAAAGGGAGUGAAAACAUCUAAACAUACAAAAAGUACUUAUACUAUAGUUCAGUUGGAUAUCGGAUGGUAAUGAUUUCUGUAUGUCAAAAGAUACUAUUUUACCAUGCUAUGUCCAAAAAAAAACAAAAAAACAUGGUAAACCUCUGUUUGUAUUUAAAUGAUUUAUUUUCUUAAUUUUAUCAAUAACAUGUCAGAUUUGCUUUUACCUCGUAGAGAAACUGUACAAUUUCCAAAGUCCCCUCAGAACAUUAAAAUGUUCAUUUUAAUUUGUCUUAAUUGAUCUGAGGCUGUAAGCUACUGUCCCUAAAAUAUGGUGAUUUUAUUUCAAUUGUUGUGAUUUUUAUUCAAAAUAUUUUAUUUUUUAAAAAGUGCUAAUCUAACUUUUGGUUUGUGUGGAAAAAAAUUGUUGGACCUAACUUGUGAUAUCCGCAGUGAUUUCUAAUAUUUUAGUCGAAGGAAUCACUCUAGAGCUGGUUGUUCUGUAUGUGUGGCGUGUGUAUGACAAAAGUGUAUCAAUUACUGUUGAAAGUACCAAUAAAUAUUCCUAUUGUGUUGAUA